AUGGCGACGGCGCAGGGUCUCAGCAACUCCACUCGUCAGCUGAACUACAAGAACCUCUCCCGCGACCGCCACGACAUCCGCCUCCUGGAAAUCCAACCCGCCAGUGACAUCAGUGACAUAAUCGUCGCCCGCCUCGUCAACCGACAGCUGACUCCUGACCUGGAAUACGUCGGAGUGUCGGCUCUGUACGGGGACACUGAUGUCUCAGAGAAAGUCCAGAUAGACAACAAGCGCAUCGCGCUGCCCGCCAACCUAGGGCAGGCCCUACGACAUGCGAGGGCAGUCUUCUCGCAGUCCGACACGAGCUCGAAUGCCUCCGAAGGAGAGGGGUCCUCGAUGGAGGCGAGGAGGUCAAAGGAUCCAAAGCCCGACAAGAAACCACCUCGCUGGCUCGGCAACAUCCUCCGCGGCCUUGGCUUCCAACGACCCGAAGUUGACCGCGCAAAGAACCAGAGCACAACGCUGCUCGUCUGGCUGGACGCGGUCUGCGUCAACCGGCGAGACGCACGGGAGCAGAAGGAACAGCACAGGAUGAUGUCGAACGCAUACCGGAACGCCAAGGCCGUCGUGGGAUGGCUGGGCACCAAGGACGAGAUGAGCGACAUAGCCGUCAACGUCAUCCGAACCUGUGACAGAGCCCUCCCGCACCACUUUGGUACCCCCGAGGACAAGGAGCUUCACCCGGAAAACUACCCACCACACUACGUCUGGAUGGAGGAGAUCAAGCCCCUGUGGCACAUGCCCGAGGGCAUGACGGAUUUCUGCGACCUGCCCAACGUCAUCGCCCUCUCGAAAUUCCUCCAGAGACCAUACUUCCAGCGAGACUGGAUUCUGAACGAGCUGGCGCUGGCAACUUUCCCGACGUUCCUGGUCGGUGACGAGAUCGUGAGCUGGUCCGAGGUGCUGCGGUGGAAUCGGUGCAACGAGGAGUUGAUCGACGUGGCGACUGCCCACUUUCCCGAGGAAUACAGGAAGGUGAUCGAAAAAUUCAUCCCACUGGGCACAGUGUAUACUAUGCUGAAGGAAUUCGAAAGGAGGAGGGACAGUCCAAGCUAUGGCUCUGACACGAGGUCGAUGCUCACGCGUGGCUCGUCCAAGAGCAAUUGA